CUUCAGACUUAUUCAUAAUAAUCGUUUUAAAAAAAAACUUUUUAAUUGAGGACAAAAUGGAUAAAAAUAUCAAAAGUGAAAUAAUAAAAAAUAAAUAAAUAAGUAUCUAUACUUGACGGUAUUUAUUCUAAAAUCGUUUCAAGUAAUAAAUAUUAUUAAGUCCUAAGACCGGUCUAGUCCAUAUCCGGUUUCCAAAAAAAUAUGGCGGACGUCGAAGGUUUUCGAGAAGAAGCAACUCGCAUUAUUCACUCUUUAUGUAGAAAUUUAAUGACGCAAGAUACAGAUGCAAAUUUGUGUGAAGCUAGUCUUAUCACUUUGACAGCAUUAAGUCGGAAUGCACGACGUAUGUGUACCCGUUAUCCCAUUUUUGAACGGUUGUGUGAGAUUAUCGACUCGUUGAUGUCGACAAUUGAAGAGCGAAAGAGGACGCUGCAGCCUCUCGUUGGUUUCUUCGCCGCAAAACAGACUACAACCAGAGGCAGACCACUUUACGUCAUUAGUCGAGAGCAGCUGGGGUAUCUAGUUGAAGCAGGCUUCAAACGAAGAGCUAUUGCUAGUCUGCUUCAGGUGUCAGAUUCUGUUAUUAAGCGCAGCCUCAGGUCAUAUGGUAUAAGCAUCAGAGGAAGGUACUCAAGCAUCUCCAACGAGGAACUUGACAAUCUGGUCCGAGAGAUAACAGAUGGCAAUCAGACACUUGGGCAACGAAUGGUUCAGGGACAUCUUCAGAGUCUAGGACAUCGGGUGCAAAGACAACGUGUUGCUGACAGUCUGAUCCGGGUUGACGAAGCAGCUGUAGCCAUGCGAUGGUGUCACUCGAUUCGGCGAAGGGUGUACAAUGUUGCUGGUCCAAACUCAUUGUGGCACAUAGAUGGAAACCACAAAUUGAUAAGAUGGGGUUUUGUCAUACACGGAGGCAUUGAUGGCUUCUCGCGGAUGUGUGUUUUCCUCCAAGCUGCAACCAACAACAAGGCUACCACGAUGACAAAAGCCUUCAUGACAGGCACCCAGUGCUAUGGUGUCCCAUCAAGAGUCCGCAGCGAUCACGGGCUGGAAAAUACCGGCGUUGGGGCGUUUAUGGUAGCGCAUCGUGGACCUCGUCGGGGUUCUUUCAUCACGGGAAGGAGCGUCCACAAUCAGCGGAUUGAACGCAUGUGGCGUGACCUGUUUGCCAGUGCAACAAACGUGUUUCACGGAUUGUUUUCACAUCUUGAGGAGUCUGGACAGUUGGAUUUGACAAAUCCAGUGCACAUGUGGUGCCUUCAUCACGUGUUUGUGCCUCGUGUCCAGCGAGCGUUAGACAUAUUCCGUGAGGGCUGGAACUGCCACAGGUUGAGCAGUGAAAGAGGUAGAACCCCCACACAGCUCUUCAUACUUUAUGAGAAAAGUUGCACAUUGAUAUAUAACUGA